GAACUAUGGUGAGAAGCAAACUGAAGGGGAUGGAGAGAGGUAAGAAGGUUCUGCCAAAAGAAAAGAAGUGUGUUCUUAAAGGGUGCAUCAAGGAUAGCAAAGGACCUUGGUUAGUUCAUAGAACCAGCAAAAAUGGAGGUGUAGUUAGCAAGCUUCGUUAUCCUUCUGAUAGGGAGCGACAGAAAAAUAAGCAAAGGGAGCGUAAUCGACGAGCUGUAGCUCAAAAGAUCUUUGCGGGACUUCGGGCUCAUGGCAACUACCAGCUUCCCAAGCAUUCCGAUACUAAUGAUUUGUUAAAAGCUUUGUGUGAUGAAGCGGGGUGGCAUGUCGGAGAAGAUGGAACAGUUUCGAGGAAGGUGAAAAAUAAUUCCUAA